UCGGCCAAGUCCAGCACCACCGGACCGUACGACCACUUCUUUGAAGACCAUAUUAUCGAGCACAGCAUCUAUCCCGCCAAGUUUGAAUAUGCCGACGGUAGCUUUCCGCCACAGCCAGACAACAUUUUAGACAUGAGAAGGAUGCUGUACCAGCCGCGGGAUGACCUCCCGGCAUGCCCACGUCCCCAAGCGGCAUUCGAAAACUUCUGGCGCAAAACAAUGUCCAGUCUCUCUGAGGCUCAGGUCGCUGAAUUCAUCAUGCCUUUUGUUGAGGGCCCCGUUAUAGACACCCGGGGUGGAGGCAGAUACCUGACCAACCUGAAUCCCCUCACUGAUGGCUCCAUCGAGCCAGCUCAGCCAGACCUAUAUGUCGGUGCCCCUCGCCUCUCACUCGAUGAUCGGGUUCGUGUUAAGCUCGACGGAUUCAUCGUACCCACCAAACAGGCCGAGAAUCCCAUUGUUCCCAACUUUUUUACCCAAAUCAAGGGUCAUGGAGGAUCUGAGACGGUGGCAGCUCGCCAGGCCUGCUACCACGGCACACUGGCCGCCAGAGGCUACCACCGUCUUCAGACCUGGGUGGCAGACGAAGACGAGGAGACUAUCCUCAACAAGAUUGCGUACGUCAUCAGCUGCACCUAUCAUCUCGGCAUGCUCAGGAUCUACACCUGCCACCCCAUCGCCCCCACCGAGGACGACGCUGGUAUCGGCUACACAACCACACUUGUUCGCUCCUUUGUCUUGACUGAUACUCCCUGGUCCUUUGAGCAAGGCGUCACUGCGUACCGGAACGCAAGAGACUGGGCAAGGCGCCGUCGAGAUGAGAUCAUCACCCUGGCCAAUGCCAAAGCU